UGACGUCACAGCACGAUGCUGGGCCCCCCCCAAAUGAACCCCUCCUAAUAACGAUCCUCCCCCCACCGCGAGCGCUCUGACGUCACACCGCGCCCUGCCACGGUGACGCCCGCUAUGACGUCACACCCCGCGCCCCUCCCCGUGACCGGAUCGCCUGCACGUGGCAGCGUCCCGGGGCCCGGCCCGAUCCCAUCCGAUCCCUCCCGAUCCGAACCCAUCCGAUCCCCACCCCCGCUCCCGCCUCGCUCCCGGCCUCACCCGGCCCCACAGCGGCCUCCCCAGUCCCCGCAGGCCGACGCCGGCCGCCCUCAUCAGCGCCAUCCCCGUGGGCAGCGCCAUCUUGCCGCACGCCCCUCCUCCUUAGAGUAGACUCAGGGGCGGGGCAAGGGCGCCGCCAUCUUGUUGUACGGCCCCACCUCCGCGCAUGCGCAGCGCCGGCCGCUCGAAUUAAAACUGCGCCACAUCGCCGGGGGAGCGGGUGGCCACUCACCCGCUACGCGCAUGCUCUGAGGGGGCGUGGCCACGGGGGGCGUGGCUCCAUAUAAAAGGCGCCGCCCGCGCCGCCCGCCGCCAUUCUGAGGGCUGGGUGGAGGUUUGGUUGACUCUGGAGAGACGCCGUCGCCUUGGCCACGAGAAAAACCAAAACACAAAAAAAGCAAACACCAGCACCACAAAACAAAACAAAACAACAUCAAAAACAAACAAACAAAGAACAAAAACAAACAACAAAAAAUAUAUAUAUAUAUACAAAACAAAAAGGGGAGGGAAAAAAAAAGCUUUCUUCCCCCCUUUCCCCUUUCCCAUUUCCCUUCUUCCUUUCUCCCUUUUCCUCCCCGUUCCCAACCUUCCCGCUCCCAUCCCGGUGCCGUGGAAGAGCCGCCAUCGCAGCCUCCGUCCUUUGGACCGUCCUUGGGAAGCCGUUGCAAACCUGAAGGAAACUGCCACUUAAAAAACAUAAAUUCCCCCAUUUUCUUGUGCCCCCCCCUUUAAAAUCCAAAGGGAACCCCCCCACCAAAACCAACUCCCUGAAUUUUUGCUCUUUUUAAUAUUUUUUCCCUUUUUUUUUUCUUUUUUUUUUCCGAGUUUUUUCAUCUUCCUCCUUUUUUCGGCCAAAAAACCACCCGCGUAGGGAGAACCCCCCCAAAACCCCCCCUUUGACCCCCCCAUUUGCAGCCCAAGCGGCGCUGCCUUUUUUCCGAGCCAUGCCCCAUUCCCAAGCAGCUCUUUUUUGCCUCUGAGCACCCCACCAAUGCCAAAAUCCAAACCUUGAAGCGCUGUCGGCGAGCAAAAUAAUUGGAUAGGCUCUCCUGCCAUGGGCUCGGGCCCCAUCGAUCCCAAGGAGCUCCUCAAGGGCUUGGAUUGCUUCCUGGGCCGCGAUGGCGAGGUCAAGAGCAUGGAGGGCAUCACCAAGAUCUUCAACCUGAUGAAGGACUCGCAGAAGCUGGUGAGUCGCUGCAUCUACCUGAACAUCCUGCUGCAGACCCGCGCCCAGGACAUCCUGGCCAAGUUUAUCCGCAUUGGGGGUUACAAGCUGCUCAAUACGUGGCUCACCAGCUCCAAAGCCUCCAACAACGUGCCCUUCCUGCAGCAGAUCCUGCUCACGCUCCAGCACCUGCCGCUCACUGUCGACCACCUCAAACAGAACAACACAGCCAAGCUGGUGAAGCAGCUCAGCAAGUCCAGCGAUGAUGAAGAGCUGCGCCGUCUCGCCUCCAUCCUGGUCAGCGACUGGAUGGGUGUCAUCCGCUCCCAGAGCAGCACCCAACCUAGUGAACGGGAUAAAAAGAAGCGGAAAGAGGAAAGCAAGAGCAAAACCCCUGCUCAGGAGAAACCCCAAGAGGCCAAACCCGAGGCUAAAACCGAGGAGAUGCCGGAGAAAAAGAGGGAGAAACCCAAAUCCCUGCGGACCACCGCGCCCAGCCACGCCAAGUUCCGCUCCACAGGGCUGGAGAUGGAGACGCCGUCCUUAGUGCCCCUGAAGAAGCUGAACUCUGCUGCCAGCGCUGAGAAGUACAGCCUGAAGCCCAUGCCCAUCAAGAGGCAAAACCUCUCCUCCAGCGCUGGCGACGUCCCCCCCGCCGAGAAGAAGUACAAGCCCCUGAACACGGCCCCCAACGCCACCAAGGAGAUCAAAGUGAAGAUCAUCCCUCCCCAGCCCAUGGAGGGUCUCGGCUUCCUCGACGCCCUCAACUCCGCUCCCAUCCCCGGCAUCAAGAUCAAGAAGAAGAAGAAGGUUUUAUCCCCGACGGCGGCCAAGCCCAGCCCCUUCGAGGGGAAGGCAGCUCCUGAAGCCACCUCCACCAAACCCUCGUCUCCGGAGCCCGCCGCGGCCUCCGAGCCCAUGGAUACGGAUCGGCCGGGAACGCCGGUUCCCGCCGUGGAAGUGCCGGAGCCGAUGGAGACGAGCUCCUCGGAGGCGGGCGGUGAUGCCAAAAACCUGGAAAACCCCUUGGAAAGCGGGCAGCUCACUAAGAAAGGCCGCAAGAAGAAGACAGUGAGUUGGCCGGAGGAGGGAAAACUCCGGGAAUACUUCUACUUUGAGCUGGAUGAAACGGAACGAGUGAACGUGAACAAGAUCAAGGAUUUUGGGGAAGCGGCCAAGCGGGAGAUGCUGAAGGACCGGCAGGCCUUCGAGACGGCGCGGCGCCUCAGCCACGAUGCCAUGGAGGAAAAGGUGCCUUGGAUGUAUCCCAAAGUCCUGGAUCUCCCGGCUCCGCUCGUGGUGCCGGGCAGCGGGAGCCGGGAACGCUUCACCCAGGCCGAGAGGGAGAAGGGGAUCCUGCAGGAGCUCUUCCUGUCCAAAGAGAGUGUUCCCGACAGCCCCCACGAGCCCGAUCCCGAAUCCUACGAGCCGCUUCCUCCCAAGCUGAUCCCUUUGGAUGAGGACUGCUCCAGCGACGAGGUGCCUUAUCCCGACGGAUUGGAGCCGGGAGCAGCUUCCCCCUCUCCGGAAGCCGGCGCCAAGCUCCCGCCCGUCCUGGCCAACCUGAUGGGAAGCGUCGGAGCCGGGAAGAGCCCCCAGGGGCCGGCUCCCGGCGCCGGCAUCAACAUGCAGGAGAUCCUGAGCUCCAUCAUGGGUGGCCCCAGCACCCAUAAAGCCGAGGAGCUGCUCAAGCAACCGGAUUACUCGGAUAAGAUCAAGCAUCUCCUGGGGAAUCUGCAGGCGCCGGGGCCUGGAGGAGUGCCCCACGGCUUGCUGGGCCCCGGCCCCAUGGCCAACGGCUUCCCGCCCGGCCCCAAGGCCCUGCAGCACUUCCCCCCGGGGGGGCCCAUGCCAGACAGGUCGAGCCGCGCCGUCUGUCGCCACUUCAUGCUGAGGGGCAGCUGCAGGUACGAGAACAACUGUGCCUUCUACCACCCCGGCGUCAACGGGCCCCCCCGGCCGUAGCCCUUCCUCCCCACAUCCAUCUUCUUCCUCACCCCCUUCCCCUUCCUCUUCCUCACCCUCGCGCUGCAGCCACCACGUUUAUGGCUUCUAUGA